UUCUUACCCGUUUCUUCUUCAGCUUUGUUGAGUGGGCACAUGAAGUCCUAUCUUCUCUGACGGAUGAUGUCAUCAAUCACUUCCGGUUACUUGGAGCUACGGAAGCACUGGCUGCUGUUUUCAAGGUUGGUGGGCGGAAACUCUUGCUUGAUGUGGUUCCUAUUAUUUGGAAUGACACCUCUUUGUUGAUCAAGUCUAGCAAUGCAUCUCGAAGUCCAUUGCUUCGCAAGUAUCUGAUGAAAUUAACUCAGAGGAUUGGGCUUACUUGCCUCCCUCAUCAUACACCUUCAUGGCGCUAUGUGGGAAAGAAAAGAACAUUGGGAGAGAACAUUACUUUGUCUGCAUCUGAAAAAACUGGUCAAUGCAAUUAUGCUUUGAAUACUGAGGAUUCACACUCAGAACCAAGUUCCAGCUGCCUGCAAGAUGAAGAAAUGGAUGUUCCAGAAGUUGUAGAGGAGAUUAUUGAGAUGUUACUCACUGGGUUGAGAGAUACGGACACAGUUGUGCGUUGGUCUGCUGCAAAAGGUAUUGGCCGCAUUACUUCAUGUCUUACAUCUGCUCUUUCAGAGGAGGUCCUGUCAUCUGCCUUGGAGCUAUUUUCACCAGGCGAGGGUGAUGGGUCAUGGCAUGGUGGUUGCUUAGCAUUGGCCGAAUUGGCACGGAGAGGGUUGCUUUUACCUAUCAGCCUUCCUAAAGUAGUACCUGUUGUCGUGAAGGCACUACACUAUGAUAUUCGAAGAGGUCCGCAUAGUGUUGGAUCUCAUGUACGGGAUGCUGCAGCUUAUGUUUGUUGGGCUUUUGGUCGUGCAUAUUAUCACAAGGAUAUGAGAAAUAUAUUGGACCAGCUUGCAGCACACCUUCUAACAGUGGCCUGCUACGAUCGUGAGGUGAACUGUAGAAGAGCAGCUGCAGCCGCUUUUCAGGAGAAUGUUGGAAGACAGGGUAGUUACCCACAUGGAAUUGACAUAGUGAAUACUGCUGACUAUUUUUCACUUUCUUCACGAGUAAACUCUUACGUUCAUGUUGCUGUCUCUAUUGCACAAUAUGAGGGUUAUCUUUAUCCAUUCGUGGAUGAGCUGCUGUAUAGCAAAAUUUGUCAUUGGGAUAAAGGCUUGAGAGAACUUGCUGCUGAGGCCCUUUCUGCACUUGUUAAAUACGAUCCUGACUAUUUUUCAAACUAUGCUUUGGAGAAAAUAAUUCCUUGUACUCUCUCAUCUGAUUUGUGCAUGCGCCAUGGAGCGACACUAGCAGCUGGGGAACUAGUUUUGGCACUACAUCGAUGUGAUUAUGCUCUUUCCGCUGAUAAGCAAAAGCGUGUUGCUGGUGUUGUACUUGCUAUUGAGAAAGCACGCCUUUAUCGUGGAAAAGGUGGAGAAAUUAUGCGUUCAGCUGUUUCCCGGUUCAUCGAAUGUGUAUCGAUAUCUUCUGUGUCACUGCCAGAAAAGAUAAAGCGCAGUUUGCUUGAUACACUUAAUGAGAAUUUGAGGCAUCCUAAUUCUCAGAUUCAGGAUGCUGCUGUUAAUGCUCUGAAGCACUUCGUCCAAGCAUAUCUGGUUGCUGCAUCUGGUGGUAGAACUGGUGAUAUAACAUCAAAGUACCUGGAACUCUUGACUGACCCAAAUGUGGCUGUAAGAAGAGGAUCAGCAUUAGCGAUAGGUGUUUUGCCACGUGAACUUUUUGCCCACAGGUGGAAGGAUGUGCUCCUGAAGCUUUGUACCUGUUGUGCAAUUGAGGAUAACCCUGAUGAUAGAGAUGCCGAAGCACGAGUCAAUGCUGUCAAAGGACUUGUGUCAGUGUGUGAAGCAUUAGCUCAGGAAAAAGAACAUUCUGGUAUUGAUACUGUGGAGGAUGACAUGUCUUUGUUCCUUCUCAUCAAGGACGAAAUAAUGAUGACUUUAUUGAAAGCUCUUGAUGACUAUUCCGUUGAUAACAGAGGUGAUGUGGGUUCUUGGGUGCGUGAGGCUGCUAUGGAUGGCCUUGAGAGAUGUACAUAUAUACUAUGCAAGAGAGAUUCUGUUGGUCUCACUGGAAGAUCAGGUCAAAUCGAUUCUGUUCUGGAGUUGCAGAACAGUGAUGACAGUAACCAGUUGUAUUCAUUGUUUGAUGCAAAUCUUGCUACCAGUAUAGUUGGAGGAAUAUGUAAGCAAGCGGUAGAGAAGAUGGAUAAACUGAGAGAAGCAGCUGCAAAGGUGCUACAGAGGAUUUUGUACAACAAGAUAGCCUAUGUCCCACAUAUACCACACAGGAAAAAGUUGGAAGAAAUUGUUCCUAAUAAAGCUGAUUUAAAGUGGGGGAUCAGUGCUAUCUGGGUUGGUUAUCUCUAUUGGUGGGUUGCAAGAUUAUUUAAGGAAGGCAUCACUCACAGCAUUGUUAGAGUAUCUUCAAGUGGUAGAAAGUGAAGACCAGAAGGAGAGGUCCAGAGAGUAUAUGCUAUCUACUGACAUGCUUUGGGUUCUCCAGCGGUACGGGAGAUGCGACA